AUAAGAAAUAGUUUUAAAUUAAGAAAUAAAUAUCUGCAGCUUCUGAAAUUUGAUUAUGGCAUCUUAUAUUCUAGUAAGAAUCGCAUCAAUUCAGUAUAAAUAUUACUAUCAAAUUAUUAAAAAAGAAGAUAUUUUAAGCGCAUUCUUGCAGCUGGGAAAGCCGGUUUCGGUAAGGUUGGAAAACGGCGAAAUUAUUAGUGCAAAAUAUUUGUAUAAAUCCGAUAAAAUAAAAAGUUUGAUGAUUAUGAAAAAUCAUCUGGAAGAGGAACAUGUCAAUCAAGUUCGGCAUGAAGAUAUGGUUUCAAUUGGACCAAAUAGAAGUUUGAUUCGUUCCUCUGUGUUGGCUACUCGAAAAUUGUUGAUGGAAUUAUUUCCAAAGACAACUCUGGCGGGCAAGGUAUGCAAUAUAUUUAAGAAUAUGUUUCCAAAUUACACUUGAAUGUGGACAAAUUAGCUGACAUAAUUCAUAUCGUUCGUGAAAAAUGUAAGAAUAUUAAUAGAGUAGUUAUUCAUUUAGCAAUUACCUGAAAAUACUCAUUUAAUUUUUUAUUUGUGAAAAUGUUUGUACUAAACCCAAAAUUUUAAUACUUGAAUACAUUACUUUUAAUAUUAAAUUUAACAUGUUAUUGUACAUUAUAGCGGCUCCCGAGCCGAGUGCGGCUCUUCCAAUAAAAUAUUACACUAACAAA